AAAAAUAAAAACAUCUAAACUCAAAAAGUUUUUCACUUCUCUACGAAACAUUCUUUUCACUUCUUUAAUUGAAAUAACAUUAAGAAUAAAAAAUUUAUAUUACACAAAAAAAAUAAAAAAUUCGUAGCCAUGAGGGUCUAUGAAUUAAGUAUUACAACUGGUCUUGCCGUCCGGCUACUUUGAAUUUUUGCCUAGGGAAUGCCUACAAAAUGAUAGUCUUGUCCUUAAACAAGUUGAUUAAGUUGUGUUAAUUAAGGUUAUUGUCCAUCCUUGGUCGGAACAUUACUCAGCAACCUUAUAAUUGGCCUGCCAAAUGGGUUAUUAGAGAACAACGCACGGAGAAUGUUUCCUUGACCAAUUGUCAAACAGAUUCAGUUAGUGGUUGGCAUAAUCCUUGUAGACAUUUGUAGUCUUUUUUUAUUGCAUAAAAGAAAAAAAAAAUGGUCCUGCCGUCCUGCUAGUUCAUACAGAUCCAUUAUUCUCGUCUGUCUAUGAGAUGGAUAUUCUUGAAAAUAGGCAAUAUUUUGGACUCAUUCCGUAUGAGGUUGGAUUGAAACCAAUUACUUGUCAGGAAAUGUUACAUGUGCAGGUGUAUAUUCACAAGUUGUUGAUGUUCUUGCUUCUCUAGCAGCAUAUAAUCUUUGCAACUUCUUGAUCCCUUCAAUCCACAAUGUUGUCUAAACUUUUUAUGAUUCUCUUUUAUAUUUUCCCAUCUCUAAUAUUUCACCCUGCAGAAGCACAGAGUUGGGUGAGACCCGGUUACUGGCUUUCCGGACGAGAUAUUUCUGAGAUAAACUCAACACUCUUUACUCACCUUAUUUGUGGUCGUGCCGAUAUCAACACUUCGAACUAUGAGAUAAAAAUCUCCGAUGAUGAUGAGCACUGCUUCUCCGGUUUCAUGACCACUGUCAAACAAAAAAACCCAUCAAUCACUACCCUUCUGUCCAUUGGAGGUGGAAACCAAGACAGCAUGGUUCUUUCACUGAUGGCCAAUAGUUCUGUUGGCAGAAAGUCAUUCAUUGACUCCUCAAUAAAAAUGGCCAGAAGCUAUAGCUUUCAGGGGCUAGAUCUGAGCUGGGUUUUCCCUAACACAAGCUCUGAUAUGAACAACAUGGCCUUACUCCUUGAAGAGUGGCGAGUGUCGGCAGAGUCCGAGGCUAAAGGCUCUAGCCAGCCACAACUGAUCUUGACUGCUGUAGCUGGCUUCUCACCAGUUAUAAAAAAUGUCUCCUAUCCUGUGGAUUCAAUGCAGAAGAACUUGAAUUGGAUAAACAUUGUGGCUCAGAACUAUUAUGACCCUUCUUGGGUAAACAUUACGGGCCCUCGUGCAGCUUUGCAUGAUCCAGCGAGCCAUAUUAAUACUGCUGAUGGCAUUAGGGCCUGGAUUUAUAGGGGACUAUCUGCAAAUAAAUUGGUUUUGGGGUUGCCUUUCUUUGGCUCUGGAUGGACACUUCAGAAUUCCCAGAACAAUGGUAUAGGUGCACCCGUCACUGGUCCUGCAACUGGUCGAUUGUUUACAGAAAAAGGAAACAUCCCCUACAAGUUUAUCAAGCAACUUUUCAUUCAGAGAUAUCGGGCUGCUGUAAAGUACAAUUCUAUUUAUGUAAUGAAUUACUGCGUCAAUGGAUCAACUUGGAUUGGUUUUGAUGGUGUUGAGGCUGUCGAAACUAAGGUGUCCUACGCCAAGGAGAUGGGGUUGCUCGGUUACUAUGUCCUAGAAGUCACGGAUGAUGACAAUUGGGAGCUCUCUCUUUCUGCUGGUAGAAAUUAGUGUCUCCUUAGAGUCUAUUCUAGAUUGUGUGUCCCACCAUUUGAAAUUUUAUCUUGCAAUCGACAGAGGAAAGCUAGAGUAGCCAUUAACUUGCUGGCACUGAAUUAUAUCAGAAGUUGGCAUGAUCUCAAUGGCCUCUCCUAUCUAAUUCUGUCUUUUUCAUUUCUCCUAGAAUCAAAACAUAAUUAAGCAGCAAGAAUUAAAUUUGAUUAGGUUAGAAUGGAGCAUGUUGGUAUUUUUUUUUUUUUUCUUGCUCUUAGCAUUCUAUUAUAUUCCCAGUAGUACAGCAAGUUUGUCAAAACUACUAGACAAUGUAGUAACAUCUCUACUGAUAUAUUUCUCUCUGAUUGAAAAAUUAUUUUCGCAUCAUCUCAAGGGGAUAAGUCUCACAACAGGGUUGACAGUAAUCAGAACCUAAAGUGGAGAUUAUUAAUUAUCAUUUUGGUUCCAACUGCUUUGUUUAUUCUCCUAGUCUCGGUGAUGUGCUAUUUAAGGAAGAGAAAGCUAAAAUCAAAAGCUAAAGAACCAGAAGCACUAGUCAACAACAUAGUAGCUGCUGGGAACUUAAAUAGCAAUGUUCCUGAUCUUCAGAUCUUCAGUUAUGCUGAUAUUGAGAUGGCUACUAGUGCAUUUUCAUUUGAAAAUAAGCUAGGAGAGGGUGGAUAUGGUCCUGUU